GUGUUUUAACGAAACAGGCCGCCGACAAAUCAGGAUGUUUGUCCCACCCCUUCAGAGCUUUUUGGUCACCACGGUAACGGCCGUGUUUGACAUCAGGAGCAAGGUGUUGAAGGGAAGUACCCGCGGCACGAAAACACACCAAACACGACAGCUGUGUGUGAAUGACUAAAAGCAGCCGCCUGUUUGUUACAUAAUCGGUUGUCUCGCUGCCGUCCCUCUCGUGAGGACCAAGAGCUGAUCUUUUGCCAGGAUGGAGGUGGCUCUGUCUGGGCCACAGACGCUCUCAGAGCCCCUGAGGAGGAGGACGCCUCUGCCUCUGAGCCAGCUGGUGGAGGAGACCCAGAGCAGAGCCAGCAUCCCCAAUCAUCUGCUGGAGUCAAAAAUCUAUGCUACCCUGAAAAGCAACAGCCUGAUCCAAGCAGAGCCCUCAGAGCUUCACUUCAGUGGCUUUGAGCUUGGCAAGGAUUACAUAAAGAUAGUGAAACUAAUCAACAUCUCAUCUGAAGUUAUGAAUAUUCAUGUGAUUCCCACCCAAACCAAGUACUUCCAAACAACUUAUACCAAAAAGUAUCGACUCAUCCCGGGCCUCGCCUACACGCUGAGGGUCGGCUUCUGUCCCGAUGAGUGGCGUUACUUCUAUGACUGCAUUCGGGUUCACUGUGAGGGGGAAGAUAACCUGUUAAUUCCAGUUCAUGCUUAUCCUGUCAUCGAUGACCUGCGCAUCCCAACUCAUAUCGACCUACCAGCUGCAGCGCUCAGACAGAGUGUUUGCCACGCUAUUCCUCUGAGAUGUAGCUGCCCUGUUGGCUUUGAGUUUCAAGUGUGUGUUAUUCAGCCACACGAGUCCUUCUCCAUCCGCCCCCUCACAGGAGUGAUACCAGCCAAAGGUGAGGCGGCGAUAACUGUGACCUUUUGUCCCGUCCAGUUUGAGACUUCUCAGAUCACCUUCCAGCUGGUCAUUUCACAGUUCAACACCAAGCCUUACCUGUGCACCGUCACCGGGAGCUGUGCGCCUCACAUAGCUCUCAGUGAACUGGAAAAAAAGCUGGACUAUAGAGAUGCAGUGACUGUACAUCACAAACGAGCUUCACGUUUUGCCCCAGCGCUCCCUCGGAGUAAAGCCAAAUACAGGGCAAUCAAGGAGGCUGACAAGUCAAAGACAGCGAUGGAUCCAGCUGUGGAUGUUUGCACCCCUGCAGGGGUGGCAAAGAUGCUGAUCAAAGACUCUAAUAAACUCAGCUCUAAAGUCUUGAAGCAAGCCAUAUCCUCUGGCAGCAUGACAGCGCUGCAAAAUAAACAGUUAAAAGAGGCCUUCUUCAUGAAAAAGGUUCAACAGAACAUAAAGGAGGAGCAAACAAACCACCUCAAAUGGCAAGUCCAUCUGGGUAUGGACCCCAUGUCAGAGCAUGCAGUGAAGCAGAUUUUGGAGGAGAGAGAGAUUGCUCUGCAUGAAUAUAAGGUAAAAAGGGGCGAUGUAAGACGAGAGGGAUGCUUUGCUGCGGGGCUGCCUAAAAUAUCCUCAAGACCGGUGCUUUGUGAAGUAGGACAGGCCCCCGAGGGAGCACCGGCUUUCCAGUUUUACACCACUUUUACGUGGGAGCUGAGACGGAGAGUCCUCAGACUGUUCCAGCAGGCAGCUCGCAAGGUAGUGAUCCGAUGUCGCAUGAACCGGAGACUAGCCUCUUUGAAGAAGCUGGCAGACAGUAUGAAGAACCCGCCCUUGGCACAGAAAGCUGAUGAAGAGAAGACAUGUGGCCUAAAAGUCUCUCCAGACAAAGUCUUUCCAUCUUCAUUGCCAUUUUCCUCGAAUGAAGAUGACCCUCUGGCUAACAUUAAGUUGGUUGAAGUACCCGUGGAUCCCGUUGAUGUGACUGUGACAUCACACAUUCCUUUCUUCAAGCUACAAGUCCCGCUGCACUAUAAGCUUAUGGGCUAUCGGGCUGUGUCAGCUUGGGAGGCAUUCAACUCUUAUAUUCCCAUUACUCUGGCUAGGCCACUGCGCACUGGAGCUCUGGACAAGUUGGUACCCAGCAGAGCUCAUUCUCCCAGGACAGUGGAGACCACAGCAGGAGCGGCAGAGAAGCAUGAAAAAAAAGACAAGGAUGUGGAAGCAGCUGAUGCUCCCGGUCUCUCUUUCCGUGCCCCCGAAUGUCUGCUCAGACCUUUUCCAGCAAACCCACUCAGAAUUUUUAACCCAGCUCCAGGUCUUCAGACCUUCAAACCACCCCCUAAAUAUCUGGAGAGUGAUCUGGAGUUCCACCUCUGCCCUCUGCCCAGGUAUACGGUCCCUGAGAGCCCUUUGUGUGGCAUAAGGACUCAAACUUCACACAUUCAGAAGAAGUUUCUGGACCACAAGGAAGUGAUCCCCGGGGUUAUGAAGUGGAAAAAUUUUGAUUCUAUUAGCUUGAAAAGUCUCUCAAACCAGCUUGCUCUCACCAGUGACUGUGCCCCAUGCAGGUCUGUCAACUACAACACAGAUAUACUUCCACUCACCACACCUCCUCCUCUCACCAACCUCCCUGACGAUGUGGCCCCACUAAUGGACACACUGUGUGAAGGCUCAGGUGUCCAACUGACACCAGAAAUGAUCAGAGCACAAUUCUUGUCUGGAGAAGUGGUUUUCUCCAGUAGCAACCUCGCCACAGGAAAGACAGCCAUGUAA